GUUUUAUAUGUAUGAAGAUUAACAAUAAACAGAGACUUUCAAUCUUUAACGAAUUGUUUAUAUUUUAAUUCCUUAAAUUAGAAUACCCAAUUUAAAACAAACUACCAACCCGCCCACUCACUCAGUCACUCACACAAACACCAACGUGUAUACGCACACACACACACAUACAUACAUACACAUACAUCGAUAUGACAUUGUGCAUUUCAAUGAGAAUAGUUUCUUCAAUGUAAAUGAUUUAUACAAUGCCAACCAUUCAUAUACAAUUGAGAUGGCUUGAAAUUUAUCUCUAUUACAAAAGAAUGCUGAGUCUAUAAUAUUAAUUAUCUUUAUACACAGAUAACACAACAAUAUUAAUGAUAAAAUUAUUUGAAAAAAGUUGGUUAGCUCAUUCAAACAAAAAUGGUAUUACUAUUUAUUCACUGGACACAACUCGAUCAAGUUUACAAAUUAUAUUCUUGAUAUUCAAGAAGUGUAAAAAUGCCUUAUGUAUACACAUAAUUAAGUGUUGAAGAAUUUGGAUUUAAACACUGAAUUGACUUCAUUCAAAAAUUAUUUCAUGAAAGAAUCUUGAAAAGAUAGAAAAACAAACAUUAAUUGAUAUUUUGUUAGGUUUCUAGAAACAAUCACAUCAUUUCUUUUGGUAUCAUAUUGAAGUUGAUACUUGACAAUAGUUUGAUAAUUCAUAGAAUUUUUCAUUGAUUCUAUCUGUAUGUGCAUUUCUAUUUGUGUCGGUUUUUUCGAACGGGAACUAAUCUUACUCACUACUUUCAACUUCUCUCAUUGUGUUUUAUUUGAGGACAUCAAAAGGAAUAAUAUAUAAAGACAGUAAAAACAUGCGUUGGUUUCAUCGGCACAGUAAAAAAAAAUAUGAUCAAUAUGAGACCUAUGGGAUUCGUGCACCAAAAAAGUCAAUUCUUCGAUCAAGUUCUCGUGUUAAUUCCAAUCUGAAUUCGUUAGAAGAUAAAACUAUUGAUUCAGAUACUGCAACUAGUGUGUCUCUGGUUAAUUUACGAUCUUCACCUUCGGAAGUCAGGCGUAGAUUCCAUCCAACAAGUCGAUCAUCACAUUUAAAUGGUAGUGACCAAUCAGAUAGUGAAAAUGAUAAUCAUUUAGGUCGUGGUCAUAGAAGCGUUUUGUUUCUUGACCAAGUUGCAGCGCCGGAUCGAUAUCGCACAUCAAGAGUCUCAGAUUUUGAUUCUGAACCAAGUAAUUAUUCCACAGUUAGCCGUAGGUCGCCAUCAUUUCCUCGAACUAUCAGUCCAUCAUCAUCAUCAUCAUUAGCCUCCUAUCCAGCUAAUUAUGAACCAUCACCGUUAAUACGUAAAAAGAAUUUUGAUGAUCCAGGUAUUGAGCUAGUCAGUUGUAGUCCGCUUUCGUGUUCAUCAAUGAAUAAUCGCCAAGAACACCACCAUCAUAAUUUUAAAAUGCAUAAAAUUAAACCUGCCAUAAAACGUCUAUCCUAUUUGAACGCAUUUGGUAGAAAACAUAGAGAUUUGAAAAGAGGCAGUCUUACACUGAUAUUAGAUCAGGAAUUGGAUGGCGUUGAUGAUGGUAGCAAUAACGAUGAUGAUGAUGACAGUAAUAAUGAUGAACACCGAGAAAUCCAUGAACAAUACAAUGAACAAUAUGUCUAUGAAGAAUUACCACGUCUAGAUACUCUGAAACUGUCAUCAAAUGAUUCAUAUUCAAGUGAUGUACAUGAUAUAUUGACUGUACCAAAUUAUGAAGAUGAUUGCUUCUAUAAAAAUAUUCAGAAAAAUGAAUUAAAUCAUUCAAGAAAUAUUCUAAAUGAACGAAAAGGAACAAUUAUCAAGAUUGAUCGUCAUAAAUCUGACGUUCAUCAGUCUGGAUUCAUGUAUCAUCCUAAUCAAUUAAAAGUUAAUUCAAAAUACAAUUCUAAUGGUAUUGAUUUCAACAAGAAAAACUCAGCACAAUAUCGUUCAUCCAAUUCAGAACGCACUCCAACUGGCAGUACAGAAACCUUAGUUGAUUCAUCAAGAAAAUCCUCAUCAGAAAUAUCCGUCAUCCAUAUAGAUGAACAAAGUAAACUAUCAUACACAGGUUAUUCAAGAACUGUACAAAGUUCUAACUCUUACCACAAUCGGGUGGUUGAUGCUAAUAAAGAUGGUUGGAAAACAGUGUCAGUUGACCAGUCACAAAAACACACUGGUAAUAAUAAUAAUAACGAGCGAACAGCAAAUCCACAAAGUCCUCGAAUCAUUUAUGUAUCUAAACGGAAUGAGAAUAAUAGUAAAUUAUCUACUAACCCGAAUAAGAUUUCUAUUUCUGGAUUAUCUAAUUCAAGUACAUUGGGAGCAUAUUCAUCACACAGUUAUGAAUCGGAUCAAACUCAAAUGAAUCAAUUUAAACAUUCUAAUCAUAUUGUUUCUCCAGUUCGUAAAACAAAUAUGGUUACUAUUCACUACAGUGAUAACGAUGACUGAAAAUAUAAUCUUCGAAUUGUAUUCCUACUACUAUUAAUUCUUUGUUGAAUACUUACGGAAUUACUGUUUAUUCUUUUAGAGUUAAUCUAGAUUAUCCUUCAUUAUAAUAAUCUACUGCUUAUCCUAUCAGAAUUUCUUAUUAUCUUAAGUACUCAGACUAUGAUAGUUUACAGAUAAGAAACAUUAUUUUGCAAACAAACAAAAAAUGUAUAAAUUCUUUAUUCCUAUUCAAUGAUUGGGUGAAUAUAUAUAUAUUUAAACUGUUUGCUGAUUGGUCAAUUUGACAUUGCUAAGCAUUAACCAAUCACUAUCAACUAGUCUUUUAGUUCUUUGAGAACCAAUCGAAAUUUAGCAUCCAACGAAAAGUUAAAUGGAUGGAAAAGAUCUAUAGAAUAACAACAUUGUUAUUGUUAUGUUCUAUUCACUAGUUUUUCUAGUGCCUUGUAUUGAAUAAGUAACUAAUUAACUCUAAGCUGAUUAAUCACCACCAAUAAAGAAGACAUUGUUUUAAUACAUUUCUAAAGUGAGAAUGACUAUUUUAUAACAGUAUAUAUAUAUAAAUAUGCCGUGGCGAAUAUUGAUUAAUACACUUCUGUUAAGAAGUAAGUUGAUGUAUGUAAACGUCAUUAUUUAAAAUAACUGCAACUUAUAAUAUAAUAGAUAUUUUAAUAACAAUUAGUUGAAUGGAUCACAUUGUUAAGCGACACUAAUAGGUCAACAAGUUACAAAUGCAAUCAUAUGUUGAUUUUGAUUUUCGUUAACUGAUCACCCCUCCACCCAUUCAGUUACACUUUAGAUUAAGUUACUUAUAAGUGUAUUAUUUUCAGUAAAAUUUACCUCUCCCUUUCAUCUAUUUCAUCGGAUAUAUUUAUUUGAAAUGAAUAAAAUAUACUGACGACUGAAUAGUCAGUUUAUUCUGAUUUUUGAUUUUUUUUAAUAAAAUUAAAAUCGUUC